UUCAGUAAACGCCAAGCAGUUGGCCUGGCGGCGAGUGAGCUUUUACGAGGAUUGCAUUAGAACGGUUUUAAUUGAUCAGUGAUCAACUGUGUAUUGCCAAUGAGCCAUAAAAACAAAGUGUCAUUUAAGUGUAACACAUCAAUAUAUACCGUGUACAUAUUAAACGUUAGAUCAAUUUGAAGGAGAGAGAGAGAGAAAAAAAAACGAAUUAUUUACAUGGGCAUUUAACUUUUUGACGUUAAGAAAUAAGUAAAGAAAGAUUCUGAAACCUCUCUGAGAAUCGACUAUCCGUUUGCAUCGUGUCCAGACGCCAGCUCGUGCUGUCGACUACCUUUUACUCCAUGUGUGCGAGUGUUUUCUCGUGACUUGUUUCCUUGUGUGAGUAGUUUUAUCCAUGUCUUAUAUAUGUAUAUAAGUUUAUAUGUGUAUACGUGUACAUGUUCCGUGCUUGGAAGCGCCUCAAGCGUUUCUUCCUCUCGUAAAAGGACUCUGCUCCGACAUUCGAUGGUGAUUACACAGCAUACAUUAAUGUGAAAACAGUGUCACGGUUUUUAAUAUUCAUUUCUUUGCUCUUCAUCACUAUUUAAAUCACUUUUGAAUCAAUAUUAAACUUAAUUCAGUCAUCUAUUUCUUUUUCAUCAUUAUCGUUCGUUAUUAUAAAAGUGCUGUGAUUUUAAUUAAUAUUCAACAAAGUCUGGUAUAAAUUAAUCUAAAAGAUUUAUUCAGAAUAAUUUUUUUUUCUUUCAUCUUUAUUUUGGUGAAGUGAUUUUUGAUUUAGUGAGCGUUUUUCUUUUUUUUUAAAUUUAUUAUCGACACUGUUAGUUGAUAUUUUGUUGUGCAUAAUAACUAUGUACUUUCUAUCUGAAAUGAUCUGAUAGUGGUGCAUGUGCACGAAGGCUACCACCACGCAAUGUGUUAUACAAUUGCCGAAGCUGGCGAUUUAAUAAUGGUAUAGACCAAAGGAUUAUAAGCACCACUUGGACAAAGGAUAUGUAACGCGAGGCCACGAGGAUAUACCCGGCGUCAUUGGAGAUUACUUGCCGGUUUCUGUCGGCAUCACUUUUAGAUUUGGAUUAAUGCCGAGGUUGUCACACCAAGGUGGACUCGAACGAGUGCGAGAGAAUGAUGCCGAGUUACCUGGAAGUGAAUUUAUCACCCAAGGAUUGUUGAUUACAUUCAUCGACGUUGGUGUUGAAUAUAAAAAAAAUAGGUGAUCAAGUGCUGGUAAUGGUGGUUGUAGUGGCUGUGAUCAAUUUUGGUGAUGGUAGCAUAGUGACGUAGAAAAAAGAGCGCAAACAAGAGGAUAAAAUAAAUGCGAGUGUGCAGGUGGUGUUGAUUGAAGAAGUGGUGAAUUGAGGGUGUUUUAAGGUGAAUGAAGUGACGAUUAUCGUAUGUCUCGGGAAUAAGGAUAAGGAAGGAUAUAUUUAUUAAGUAAACGAGAGAAAAGGAAAGAGUGUUGUUGUGAAGGAGUUAACGAAGACGAGAAGUGGAUAGAAGUGAAAGGAGAUACCAGGGUGUAGUAAUAGGAGAGGAGUAAUGUGUUCAAUGGACGGGGAGCGUCUUGCGGGCGGUGGUCCGUGUUCAAGCAAGUCAGGCAGUGGAUUCUGCUCGGAAUCGAAGAGACAAGGCGUCGUGUCGGUGGCCAGGCUGGCGGGCGCCGGGGAAACGGUUUCAAGGGCAUGGCGACCACGCCAAUAGGCGGUCGCCUCCCUAAUUUAAACCGCAAAGGAACCUCACCGUGUGUGGCGAUAUCAGCGACAGCGACAUCAUCAUCAUCAUCAUUAUCACCGUCAUUAACAGUAUCAUCAUCGUCAUUAUCACUAUCAUCGACGGCGAGUGUUGGUGUUGGCGGUAACAACAAUAAUAUUAAUCAAAGUAGUAGACGUGAGCGUGCUGCUAAUAAAGAUCAUCAGGAUCAUCAGAGACGUCAGGGCGAAAAGUCGGUGUGUCGUGAUUCGAAAGCAAGCACAGUGGCUGCUAACGUUGGGGAAACGGACACGGCCACGACGAAUGUGACCAACAACUUCGAGUACGACGACAAUGAGUGGGACAUUGGCAUAGGCGAUCUAAUAAUCGACCUCGAUGCUGAUAUAGAGAAGACGAGGGACGAGAAAUUGAGUUCGGGAAACGGGAUGGCUUCAACGCCUGCCUCGGCAGCAACAGCCACGACUAAUCAGAAUCAUCAAUCACAGCAGAACGCAACACAACACAACGCAACUGUACAAAAUUCAUCGUCAUCGGCCAUCACUGCCACUGGCAACAGUCAAUCUUCAUCAUCGUCGUCGUCGUCCUCGUUGUCCUCAUCGUCGUCGCCGUCCUGCGGCGUUAAUUCUACGUCUGGUGGUCAAAGUAAUUCAGUUAAUUCUAGUAACGCUAGUAGCAAUUCAAAUACGAGCGGUAACGCUAAUUCGGGCAACGGCCCAAGUGGUAAACAACAAUCUGGUACAGUAAACGCAGUGCACAUUAACGCCGGAAAUCCCGGUAAAAUGGCUGUAGAACACUCGGCUACUGUUGAUAAAGGCCUCAAGAUGAAGAUCAAGCGAACUAAGCCUGGUACUAAAACCAGUGAGGCUAAACAUGAAAUUGUCAAGUCCAAUGAAAUUAAUGGUACGACAUCGUCCCAGGAAACUAAUAGUAAUUCUUCCUCUUCCAAUUCAUCGACCUCAUCUUCCGGAUCUUCAACGUCUUCGUCCUCAUCAACGUCAUCACAAAAUUCCGUUGGCGACGUAACAACCAAUAAUAGUUCGUCGUCCAACAAAUCUAAACCACAUUCGCCAGCGUCAGCUGCAUCGGGUCCACCAGCAUCGUCGACGGUCGGCUCUAAGAGAGGCUCAAGUGGACACAGAAGAGAUAAAGCACGUGAUAAACAUGAAAAGCCUCAAAGUAAUAGUCAUGGACCUCAGCAAAGUAAACCCGAAAUGAACGGUACUGCGAGGCCAGUGUCACAAAGUCAAAAUUCCUCGGGUGCAGCUGCACAGUCUCAAGGACCAACCCCAGCAGCAACAGCACCUCAACAAACCCAAGGUCCACCUCCCAGUUCGAGAACUGGUUUCCCAGUAUCUCAAGGUGCUGGACCACCUGUAACUAAUGCUACUGCACCAUGUCCACCACCAAGUCCUGCCUCAGCGACAGCUGCUGGAUCAGCAGCUAAGCCGGAACAGACUAAAGUAGCAACUGUACCUGGAUCUACACUUAACUCAUCUGCGGAUGAAUCGAUAGAUACAUCAACGUGUAGUCCGCCACCUGUAAAAAAACUCAAAACUUCAAACUCGGAGCCAAAGGAUAUGUCGGACGUGUGUGUAGGAACGAGUGUGGGGACCAUAACAGAACCUGAAUGUUUAGGUCCUUGUGAGCCUGGAACGUCGGUGACAUUGGAAGGAAUAGUAUGGCACGAGACAGAAGGAGCAGGUGUAUUAGUUGUGAAUGUAACGUGGCGAGGCAAAACGUAUGUCGGUACGCUGUUAGAUUGUACACGACAUGACUGGGCACCUCCACGAUUCUGUGAUUCACCUACAAGCGACCUCGAUGCGAGGACACCGAAGGGUCGAGGAAAACGUGGUCGAGCAGCAGCAAAUGCGACGCCUGGUAAUGACCUCAGCAAUUUUACUGAAACGAGGAGUUCAGUACAUAGCAAAUUAAGGAAUGGUGGUAAAGGACGAAGAGGUCCUCAAGGAUCACCAGCUGCAAGUCCUAGUCCUGCAGCAUUUGUACCUCCACGACCUGAUCCCGCAGCCAAGCGGAAAUCUCGAGCUCCUGAAGAAGAGGAGAAGAGUAAAAGGAGAGCACCACCGCCUACGCCACCAAGCGGUUCACCGCCAGCGAGUCCGGUGUUGCUAGAGUGCCCUGAACCUAACUGUAGUAAAAAGUACAAACAUAUUAAUGGACUAAAAUAUCACCAGAGUCAUGCUCAUGGGUCUGCAGAUGAUGAAGAUACCAAGGAAGGUGUCACAAGUAUGUCGGAGAAUGAUGAAAGUAAUAUUGAAGCGCCAAGUCCGGCAACACCUGUUAAAUCACCUGUGGAGAAACCAGAAGGUACGCCAGUUCGAGCAACGAGUCCUCCAGCUAAUGCAAUACCUUCUGAAACUCCAACACCACCACCUCGAGUGCCGUCACCGACGGCUGAUCAACCUACGCCACUUCUUGCAGAUAAAACGAGUAUAGUUAAGCCAGGAGUCUUGAGGUUUGGUCAAGAGGAUUUACCCGCAUCGACGGCCGCUGUACAGCAAAGUCCAAGGCCGCAAAUUCAACAAGUUCCACCUGCAAACCCGCCACAAAGUCCGAGCCCGCAUCCAAGUCAAUCGCCAAGGCCUGUACCGUCACCUCAUCCCAAUCCAAGCAUUCCUCAGCCAAUAAAUAUACCUCAACCACCUCAACCGACGCAGGUGGUUCAGCAUCAAACACAAAAUCAAUUACUUCAAGCUCCACAAAAUUUAUCAAGUCAAAAUUUAUCGAGUCAGUCAUUGCAACAGGGACAAUCGUUACAAAGUCCUCAACCACAACUACAACCUGCACAUCAACUUCAACCAAUGCAACAUCCAGUUCAAACACAGCUCGGACAACCGGCACCUGCGCAUAUGGUUCAUCAAUCUGGACUUCAACAGCAACAACAACAGCAGCAGUCUCAGCAAAGCUUACAAGCAUUAAAUCAACAUCCGGGUCUACAAAGUCUUGCCACGCAAAUUGGCCAACAACCUGGUUUACAAAAUACGACACCGACUGGUCAUCCAGUGCAAUCUCAUAUGCAAUAUCCAAAUGUUGGGCUUCAUACGAAGAUGCCACAAUUCAAAGUCAAACCAACAGCAGCAUUAAUGCCAGAGCAGGAUAAAAAUAAAGAUCCACGCACGCCAAAGCCUCAGGGUUAUAAGAAAAAAUCGAGAAAGUCUCCAGGUGGUAGUCCGCAUCCUUCGCCAUUAGAAGCUCCUAUUGUUGAUUCAGCAAGAGAAGAUGUACAAAGUCCGGCGUAUUCUGACAUAUCAGAUGAUGGAGCGCCUGUACUGGAAGUUGAGUCAGCAGACAAAUUGAAGCAAGGACAGGAAAAGGAUGUAAAGUCUGGAACGCAGACUCAUUUACCUCCACACUUUGGUAUGUAUCCUUAUUACACACAACCACCUUAUCUGGUACCAAGUGUACAAGACAAGUCUGGUGAACAAAAACCCAGUGACUUGACGCCAAAACAAGAUGUCAAGCCACUGAAUAUACCACAAAUGCCGUCGAUGGCAAGUUUACAAAAUUCUGAGAAAGAUAAAAAAGAAUUAAAUCCACCACCUCAACAACAAUCUCAUUAUUAUGGUGGUUAUGGAAGUUAUAUACCUCCAGGUUAUUCAUACCAACCUCAAUCAGUCUCACAAGCGCCUCCACCACAGCAACAGAGUCAACAAGAGGUUGAACAUGAACAGAAAGCGAAGAUUAAACAAGAAUCUCAGCAGCAACAAACGGGUCUUAAAGACAAGCAGCAUGAGAAUCAUCAAAUAUUGAAAGAGAGUAUAGAGAUGAAGAGUCAAAUGAGUCCGUAUCAUGUUUACCACGGCUCACAAAGUCAAAGAGCACCACCAGCACCUGGUCCAGUUCAAGAUGACAGAAGGUAUUAUUUGUAUCCUGGUGAUCAAAGGCGGAAAGAUGAGCCAGUAAAAGCACCACAACAAGCGAAACCUCCUCCACCGAGUCCGAAACAUCAACCAAAACAAGAAAAACCUCAGGAUCUUGGGAAGAGUGAAGAUUCGAAAAAUAAACAAGAAGGUGUUAAGCCAACAAUGGAAACACAGGGACCACCACCACCACCUACGUCGCAGUAUGCGUAUAUUCAUCCUGGAUAUAUGCCACCGCAACAUUAUGGUGGAAUACCAUUCGAUCCUGGACACCCAGUAUAUCGAGGUUUAAGUCCAAUGCUGGUGCCAGGACCCUAUUCUGGAAAUCCCUACCUCCAUCAGCUUCCACGGUAUCAUGCACCAGAAGAUCUCAGUAGACCGCCAGGUGGAAAAGCUCUCGAUCUUCUUCAGCAUCAUGCCAGUCAAUAUUAUUCAACGCACAAAAUUCAUGAACUUCAAGAGCGUGCUUUGAAAUCACCAACUCCAAAGACGUCAGCCGCGUCGGCUAGUCCUUCAGCAGCGGGUCCAACGCCUGCUAGACCACCUAGUGGUCCACCUACGUCUGCAGCAGGUGGUCCUGGACCACCUCCUGGUCAGGGUCAACAACAAGGAUCUAAACAACAGUCUGGUGGUAAUCCUCAACAACCUGGACCUGGUGAUUCCGGUAAUGGAAAUCUUGGGAAAGAUAAUAGAUCACCUCCACCUCAAAGGCAUGUCCAUACUCAUCACCACACACAUGUUGGAUUGGGAUAUCCGUUGUUGACAGGACAAUAUCCCGCGCCCUAUGGAGCGGCCGUGCUGGCGAGUCAGCAGGCUGCCGCAGUAGCUGCUUCGGUGAUCUCGCCCUUCCCACCCAAGUGACCCACGGCCCCCGCUCCCGUUCCCGCCGCCGGAAACUCUGCACAAACCCACCACACGCAUCCAGCCACCGUAACUGGUGGUGCGGGACACUCGCACGGGAACCCCGGCAGGCAGCAGUAGGACAGAUUUUUGGUUGGCUACAAAGCCCCCCAAAGGGAUGACAAUCACAACAUCAUGAUGAAUACAAGUCUGAGGAUCAUAGUGAUAAACUAGCAUUCAUCAAUGUGAUCUGUGUUUAUGCCACUAAAUUAUAUUUUUGGAUUUGCGUGGAACUAUGCUACGAGGUCGUCCUAGUCCUAGCUUCCUUAGUCCGGGACUCUCCAAAGGUAUACGUAUGUGCGAGGAGUCUAAUUAGUUAGGCAUUUUUUUAUCUUGUCAAAACGUCUAAUUAUUUCUGUUCUCACUUAAAUUAAACAAAAUUGUUCGUUUUUUUCUUUCUUUUAGAAUGAUGAGAAAAUAUUUAAAUAUUGAUAAUUGUGAAAGAUACAAAGAUAUCAUUAAUUCAAUGACAUAAUUAAUGAAUUGUUAAUUGAUUAAUUAUUUAAUUAACUAACUGAUAAAAAAGAUCUCGGAAUUAAAAAGCAGCUUAGCAUAUGUGCGGCGAUAAUUGUAUACUUAAAAAUGGAUAGUAGACAUUAAUAAAUGAAAAUUAAUGUAAAUUCAAUUAUUAGGAAGAUGAAAAUAAUUUUUAUUGCAAGUCAAAGUUUUAAUUAUUAAUUGUUAGAAAAAAAAAACAGACAAACAAACUCGCUGAAUGAUUGAUAAUUAAGUGUCUCAAACUCCUGGCAUUUAUUUUUAAAUAUUUAGACAACCAAGGAGUAGAGAAACGUAAUAUAAAAAUUUUUUAUUAUGUUGGGAGGAUUUUUGAGGGGACCACACUAAAUUCCAAAGCACUACAUAAAUGUUACGUGACCAAACUUCUUUUAUGAAUAAUAAAUAAGUCACGAUUAGAAUCUUCAGCGGGAGGCAAUUUUUUAGUGAAUAUUUUUCCUUUUUUUUAUUAUUGUAAUUAAUUUGUUUUUUUUUUUAGAUAAGUUUUACUUACAUCACUAGUCUAUUAUGAUGAGACAUGUGACGUAUUUUAAUGGAAUGAAAAACCUCGCAAAUUUUUGUAGAAAAAAGAAAAAUAUAAACGGCGAUUUGACAAUUAUGAAAAAUUUUAACAUUAGAGGAGAAUUUUGAAAUUAAUUAAAAAAGAAAAAUUCUUAACAAUACUCUUGUAAUGAAAAAUAAUCAUUUCUUAUAAAAAAAAAGGGACUGAGGUCCGGAAACCUCACCUCGAGGAAUCAACGAAUCCUCUUUUUUUGUAAAUAAUGUAUUUAAAAGAAAACGAAAUAUGUUUAAGUAUAUAUAUAAAUAAAUGUAUUCGUAUUAUAAAAUGUAACUAUACAUAAAUUGUAUGAAUGCUUAAAAUUUUUAGUAAUUAAAACAAAAAAACUACAUUAUGUAUAAUUAUGAAACAACAUGUAUGUAUAUGCAAAUAAUUGCAGAGAUAUUCGUACCUUUAAACAGACAUUUCACAACUAUAAUAAACGAAUAAAAAAAUUUAAAAAAAAUCCUUGUAAUUAAAUUGGCAUGAUGCUAAAUGAAUUAAACGGGGAAAAAGCUAUACGUUAAAGAAAUGUUCUGUUAUUCUUUUUUAUUAAUAAAAGAAUUGAAUAAAGGAAUAAAAACGAAAUAUCUCAACUAGUGUUGAUUAAAUAUGAAUUGUUUAAGACCUGCUUUUUUGACAAAUAGCAAGUCUUGGUAGACUGAAAUUCACGAAUAUUAUAUACAUAAAAUUCAAACAUAAUCGCAUUCCUAUUUGGUAGUUUGAAUUUUUGUAUUAAAAUGUGGGACUAUUGAUUGAGUAGUAAUCUAUUUAAAUAUAACUGACAAUUCGUGAGUUGAUACAAUAUAAAGAUGAAAUAAUUAUUAACAAAUUGUUUUCAUUGUAAAAUAAAAAUGUGAGAGUGUUUUUAAUUUUAAGAUGUAUGAGUAGACAAAUAGAGAGAAUGAUAAAAGUGUGAUAGAUUUAAUAAAA